AUGUGUUUUGAAAGUCCGUUUGCAUGGAAGGCAAGGACAAGGAUUCAACGACUUACUUUAAGCUGAUGGAAGGAGUUAUCGAGGAGAUCGGUCCGUGGUCCAUCGUCCGCGUCGUGAUGGAUAAUGCGAGGAUCUUUUCGAAGGUCGGGAAGACGGUGGAGGCGAAGUACCCUGAGAUUUUCAGUGUGGGCUGCACGACCCAUGCAUUGGACUUGACAUUGGAAGACAUGUACAAACGACUGGGCUGGAUGAAGGACGUCGUCAACAAGGGAAACCAAGUGGGCAAGUUUGUGACCGACAUCGACAAGGUCUGCGCGAUGUUCAACAAAAUUUCAAACGCCCAACUCAAACGUCCAGUCGUCACGAGGUUCGCAACGAACUUCGAAAUGCUCGAGUCGCUGAAGAGAGGGAGGACUUCACUUGAGCUUUGCGUAGAGAACGUGGCGUGGGUUGACAAGUUGGUGAGGGCUGAGCAGGUGGUGACAUUCAACGCUGCCACGCGCAUCAUUGUGGACAAUGAAGGCUUUUGGAACAAGGUUUAUAGAGCAAUAACUAUCAUGGAGCCGGUGGUUAAGCUGCUGCGUUUGGUGGACGGUCCCGGAGCGACCAUCAGCAAAGUGCACUUCGACAUGGACGAGAUUGUGGCCGAAAUGCGGAUCCUCAAUUGUCUGACGGAGGACGAAAAGGCUCCGUCCUCCUCUUCUUCCUUUGCAACGGCGCACUCUCAUGUGAGUCAUCAUCUGAAUCCUCUACUGCUGGUGCUGCUGCUGCUGCUGCUGCUGUUGCUGCUCCUGCUGCUAGUGCCGCUUCCAGGGGUUUCUCUUUUCGUGGCCGCCCUCUCGGACACCCUGAGCCUCGUGCAACCGCUUCGGUGCCUUGAGCAACCAUAUAAGUCCGCCCUCUCCCAUGUCCAGCAGCCGCCCUUCCUCGUCCUCGCGGAGCACGAUAAGCGAGGGGAUCCCACACACGACCGGGAUGUGCUCCAUGCCGCCCAACGAGAGGCGACCACUAAGAAGAACUGUAAAAUCCUCGCACCUCGCGACAACCUUGCUCGCCCUCUGCCUCACCCUCCUCGUGCACAUCUCUGGACGACUGCACUGCGGUCUCCUGCUGGACUGCGGGAUCCACCCUCUGCUGCUACGACUCCUUCUCCCUCUGUUGUGGCUGCUCCUCAUCCGUCUCAUGCUGCUGCUGCUCCUCAUCCCCUCGCUGUUGCUGCUGCUCCUCAUCCUUUUGCCUAUGUUGCUGCUCCUGUUGCUGCUCCUGUUGCUGCUGCUGCUAAUGCUCAACCCGCUCCUGCUGCUGCUCAACCUGCUCCUGUUGCUCCUGCGGCUGCUGCUGCUGCUGCUCCCCCUGCUGCGCCUCUGGCCACGCCCGCGUCUGGGACCUAAAUCCAGAUCAUGUGCCUUCAACAUAGGGGAG